AUGAACCCGACGUCAACCGACAAAGAAGAUACUUUGGAGUAUACAACUACAGCUCCAGCCAUGAUCACUACAGACCCCAGAAAGUGGUACUUGUCUUACAAACCAAAACCUUGCGUCCCACAUCACUGCCCCCGUCACUUCUUCGAUAAAAUAGGCUUCAAGCCAGAACAUUCAUCUGAGCAGAUGCGUACCGCCUUCAUCAUCGACAUGGAGACUCAAUUGAACUCUCAUAGCCACAAUUUCCUUAGGAAAGUCACAGAUCCAAAGGCAUUCACGAUCGCCGUGUCAGAAUUCUUGGUGGAAUGCGGUCCUACCUAUUGGGGUGAUAGCAAGCGGGAUCAUCUUCAAGAGCCGGACACACUCAAAGGUUUUCUGUGCCCUCGGGACGCUCAACGCGAAGGUUCGAAACUGAUUGCGGCCGUGGAAGGUUUCUACAACUACAAAGCAUAUAAGAUGAGUAUACGCAAUGCGACAAGAUCCAAAAAUUGUACAAAUAGACAAGUCGGCUUCGCGGCGUCGACCAGGCGCAAAGUCAGUUUGAUCGACAAUCCUGGAGCGAUCGAGCCAUCAAAUUCCAACAAACGCAGCGCAACCCUUCUCGAAGUGGAGGAUGAAGAGGUAGAUAAGGGGGGUUUGUUGGACGGGUUUGAGCGAAUGGAGACCCCAGAACGUCCUCGGCUUCUUCCAGAUAGCGAAGAAUCGACCCAACAGACUCAAACCCUGGACGACGAUGCCACAGGUAUCUACGGCAGUACAGCUUCACCGAAGCCAAUCCUCCCGCAACUGCGAGUUUCGUCAGCUCGCGAACCUGCCUUGAUUGCUUCGACUAGGAUGACAAAGGUCUCGAAGCGAGCUUUCGCAUCCCAUUUGUUCCGCAGAGGAGAGCCAUCCUCAGGCACCGAAGCUUUAGGCGUUUUCCAAACUCCUCGUCCUCGCGACCUCACACUGCCUGUAACUUCCACGCCAGAAACACUAAAUCCAUCUAAUGAAGAUAUCUUAAUGUUCUCCGAUGGUUCUAUUGCUGGCGAGGAGCAGCGCAGAGAAAAGACAACUACCACUCCUCUGGGCACAUCAGAGGAAGAGGAAGGGUCGACUGCUAAAAAAGCCCGCGGUGUUGAAGACGUCAAGACAGAGCCUUUGACUGACGACAUGAAGAAGAAGACGAUGUUCCUUGUUACAGUCCACGACUCGCCAAUAGGCCCUGUCCCCAUUCCAUUCACAGAGUGUGGCAACUUCCAUGUUCUCUUUCCUACGUUGAUCGAGGAGCGAGGUGUUCCGGAUGAGAUUGCAAGAAACGUCAAUGAUAUCACGACAAUUUUUACUUGGACUGGCGGAGAACUCGGAGGGAGGAUAGGCUGUAUUCGGAGGAACAAGCCAGGCGAUUGGGAUUAUUUUUGCAACAGUCUACGCGAAGCUCAUGAGAGGGAUACCGACCAUUUUAAAGGCAUUUGCGAGGUCGCUAUCAAACUGCAUAUCAAUGAUAGACAUAAAGAGCAUUGUUGA